CACGUGACCGGCGCCGCGGCUGUUUACAAACAACCCGUCCGUGUUUUCUCCGAGCAGAAGAACGAGAACCCUCCACGCAGCGGAACCCAGGCCAGACCCGCGGCUCGGCAUGGAGGUCGAACACCCGCAGGCCUACUUCUUCGGAGACAUCGGCAGCUGGGCAGAGAGAACCGAGGUGCACAAGGCGGCGUCCCAGGGCCAGGCGGGCCAGCUGCAGCGCCUCAUCCGGAGCGGCGCCUCGGUCAACGUGGUGGCGGUGGACUCCAUCACGCCGCUGCACGAGGCCUGCCUGCGCGGCCAGACUCAGUGUGUGCGGCUGCUGCUGGAGGCCGGAGCCCAGGUGGAUGCCAGGAACGUGGACGGCAGCACCCCGCUGUGCGACGCCUGCUCGGCCGGCAGCCUGGAGUGUGUGAGGCUGCUGCUGCAGCACGGCGCCAAGGCCAACCCCGCCCUCACCUCCCGCACCGCCUCGCCGCUGCACGAGGCCUGCAUGGGAGGAAACUCGGAGUGCGUGGAGCUGCUGAUCGGCCGCGGCGCCGGCCUGGAGGCCUACGACCUUUACUACGGGACCCCGCUGCACGUCGCCUGCGCCAACCAGCACCUGAACUGCGUGAAAGUGCUGCUCAAUGCAGGUGCGAAGGUGAACGCCACCCGGCUGCACGACACCCCGCUGCACCACGCCGCCAAGGCCAUGCGGGUGGAGAUGAUCCAGAUCCUGGUGGAGUUCGGCGCCAACAUCCACGCCCGCGACGUGCACGAGAAGAAGCCGGUGGACUACACCGCGCCGGGCUCGCCCUCCUCGGCCUGCCUGAGGCUCUAUGAGACCACGCCCAUGAGUCUGCAGCAGCUGAGCCGGCUGGCGGUCCGGAGGGAGCUGGGCACUCGGGCCCUGAAGGCCGUGGCCCAGCUGGACAUCCCCAAGAUCCUGAUCAGCUACCUGAGCUACCAGUGAGACGCCGCGGCUCCCGCCUCGCCGCCGCCGCUCUCAGCUCGGUGCCAACCUCAAUGUCUGCUGCUUGUUUCAUCUGCUUUGUUUUUCGAUUCUCUACUUUGAUUUUAUGACUUGAAUUCGUCGCUGAGCUCAGGUUCACUCAGCUGCACUCGGGGAAAGAGUUUUCAGUUUUUUAGAAAUGCUGCAUGUUCAGCUUAUCCUGCUUUUCCUCAACAGAAAAAAAACCUGAAUGUUACACAAGUCUUAAACUGUGACCAACAAGAUAUCCACAAACCACACGAUAAGCUUCACUCAUUCACUCUUUCAUCUGUUACUCUGCAGGAUUAGACGAGAUUAAAGAUGCUCUGGAACUUUCCCCCCAACAUGAAGCACUCAGUGCAGAAAGUAUCCAAGUAAAUGUGCAGCUUCAGUAAAAUCAGCCAGGUUCUCUUGUUUAGAAACACAUGAAAGUGAUUUAUUAAGCAGUCAUUAAAGUGAAGGACUGUCAUCUGAAGUCUCCUCAGGCCUCGGAGAGAAAACUCCGUCGGAGCUUAAAAUGGAAAUCCAGCAGCGUCCUGGAGAGACGCCGCUCAGCGCCGCUCAGCGCCGCUCAGCUGUGAAUCUCUUCUCCUUUUAAACAGGUUUAAUGAUGUUUUCCUCAGAGCAGCUAUAAACGCUGACUGUGCUGCUGAUAUUACAUGACUGUCGCCGGCUCUUUAACCACCAAACCAGCUCUCUCUCUUUGGUUUGUUCGACCGGCCGGUCUCUGAUCCGAGGCUGAGAGAACAGGUUUUAACGCCGGGCGCUCCGGACGUCCCGCCUGCCCGAUUCUGUCUCCCCGGCUCUGGAGAGACGGACGCCGGCCGCUCAGUCGGGUCAGGUAUUUUUAGCACAGGAUGCAGGAGGUUGUUUAUGAAUUCCUCCAAGUGCUUCAGAUACUUUUAGCGGCCCGGUUAUGACCUGUUUUGGGUGUUUCGUAACUCUGAUUUCUGCGUGGGGGAAGGGGAGGGCAGCAGCCUUACUGCAGCAUCUCCUCAGAGGAGAACGCCGGAUGUCUCACUUCAGCCGCUGUGCGGUCUGGUGGAGUUCUCCGAGAAUCAGCGCUUGAUUGGCUCCUUGGUCGUCACAUUAGCUGAAGGUGAUCCCGCCUCACGCAAAACCUCAGAUACGUCGUGAACGUAACCUUUUGACGCCGCCGUUUUAAAGCGUUCAGCAGCCAGGAGCAGCUGAAUUAGCGUUGUAAUGCCAGAGUUCACCACAAGGUGGUGCCGAGAGUCACGGUGCUUCAGUGCGAGAGCAGCAGCAGUAGAUUCUCAAACCACCAAGUAAAUGACAAGAGCUGCAGUGUUUAGAAGAAACUGCGUGAUCAGUGGGUCUGAUCACAACCGGGAAACCUUCUGAGAAUGAUCCACGCUCUGACGAAUGCAGUCUCAUCCUUUGUGCAUAACAUGGAUCCGCCGGUGCGGCAGAGAACCUGUCAGAUCCCCGUCCAGAGGAUCCUUUUCCUAAAAUAAUCCGUGGGAAACAUCAGGGAGAGCAGGGAGGGAAUGGAGACUUACCUAACAGCAGGAUUAACCUUCACUCUGAAAGACUGUGAGUCUUACUGAAAUCACUUUGACCUCUCAGAACACUGAGGAAUCUCAGAAUGUGUUCCUGAUUUUCUGUCAUUCACCUGUACA